AGCAAAACCGAGGACGUACGACGACGACUUCCCCACGGCAGAGUUUUGCCCCUUUCCCCGUCCUUCUCACUCACCAAAAUCCUCGAUCCAAUCCCUACUCCGGCGACGCGGCGCGGCCAUGCGCAGCUGCUGACAGGCGACGACGCCAGCAACCCCCCGUGACCGGCCAUGGAUGAGGGCUACGCCAACCUCCCCACCAGCCACCUCCUCGGCUCCGUCCCCGCCGUGACUCCAGAAGAGAGGAAGCCCGCAGGCCCCGCCGAAGUUGGGAAUGCAGCUGCCACCUCUCGCUUGCAGCAGUUUCCUCCUGCUCCUGGUGCCACUGGUGGAGGGUACCAGCCCCCAGGGAGUCCUUUAGAUGGAGAUGUAGAAACACAGACAAACUGGAAAGGAUACUUCAAUGUCGCAUCUUAUGCUCCGUACUUCAAUGUUGAUACUGAUGUUGUUGUUGAUAGGCUCAUCAGUUCCGUUUAUCCAAUGGACGGUUUUUUCAGGAAGAUAGAUGCCAAUCCUGACAUGUAUGGACCCUUAUGGAUCACCACUACACUGAUAUUCAUGCUGGCUGCAUUCGGAAACUUUGCCACCUAUCUGAUGCAAAGGAAAACUGAUCUGAACAUAUGGAACUUCGAUGUUGGCUACUUCAAUUGGGCGGCAACGGUCAUGUACGGUUAUGCUAUCGUGGUACCUGCUGCAUUCUUUUUCUUGUUCCAGUAUUUUGGAUCACGCCCAAGCCUUGUUCGGUUUUGGUGUAUGUGGGGCUACUCUCUGUUCAUCUUCAUACCAGCAUCUAUACUGCUACUUAUUCCUGUGGAGUUCCUUCGCUGGGUCAUCAUAGCUGGUGCUGGUGGAGCAUCAUCUUGGUUCAUCGCAUUAAACUUAAAGGAAUGCACUGAAGGAGCUGAUAUGAUGGUUUUGAUUGCUAGUGCAUCAGUGUUGCAGUUUGCUCUUGCACUGUUCAUCAAAGUUUUCUUUUUUGCCUGAGAUCUUUUUGGUGUUGCUCAGGUGAGCAGUGAGCUGGAUGCUUUCUUUGUUCCCAUCGUUCUGUUCUGCCUUUCAUCCUUUUGAGGACCAGGUGGCUGGCUAGUUUUACUCUACAUACAUAUUGACCUUAGAUUUAAGACCUUGGAUGUUGUCCGAUUUGAAGUGUCUGAUUUUGAAUGCUUUUAACCCAUGUAGUUAACAGAAACUUCACUGUGUGUUCCAGUUCAAAGUUACUGAAUUUGCCAUCUAAUUUGCAUGCGGUGAACUUUCUACCACUGUGAUGUACCUAUUUCAUGUCAAUACAUGGCAUGCUUCUGCUCACGGUGGUUAGUUAGAAACUAACCGGCACAAGUUUUUAGUGUGUACAAAUAUAGUCUAAUGCUAGCUCAUGCUUCUAUUAAGUAUAGCCAAUUGAUGUGAA